CUCGAAAGACCAGUUUAUGUUCACGAAGAUAAGUGAAAAUAAAUACGAAACUACUUAACUAGAAAAAAACACGUCUAUAAGGAAACUUGCGAUAGGAUUUAUUUGCGAUAUUGUUUAAGUGCAACACAAGCGUAAUAAAGACAAGUGGAAUAAAAACAAUAAUGAGCGUAAACGGACCAGCAAUCGGUAUCGACCUGGGAACGACUUACUCGUGCGUUUCCGUAUUUCAGCACGGGAAAGUGGAGAUAAUCGCCAACGACCAGGGCAACCGUACGACGCCCAGCUAUGUCGCCUUCACGGACUCCGAGCGACUGAUCGGGGAUGCCGCCAAGAACCAGGCGGCAAUGAACGCACAGAAUACGGUUUUCGACGCCAAGCGCCUGAUCGGUCGGGACUUCAGUGAUACAAGCGUCCAGAGCGACAUGAAGCACUGGCCGUUCAAGGUAAUAAACGUAGGAGGCAAGCCUAAAAUCCAAGCCGAAUACAAAGGGGAGACUAAAACUUUUGCGCCAGAAGAAAUCAGCUCGAUGGUGCUGACCAAGAUGAAGGAAACUGCAGAGGCAUAUCUCGGUAAGACGGUAAAAAAUGCCGUCGUUACUGUACCAGCCUACUUCAACGAUGCACAGAGACGCGCUACUAAAGAUGCCGGUGCUAUCGCCGGUCUCAACGUAAUGAGGAUCAUAAAUGAGCCCACGGCCGCCGCUCUGGCCUACGGACUUGAUAAAAAUCUGGGAGGUGAGAAGAACAUACUGAUAUUUGACCUCGGUGGCGGUACGUUCGACGUAUCCAUUCUUAACAUUGACGAAGGCUCAUUGUUUGAGGUGAAGUCCACGGCCGGCGACACGCAUCUGGGAGGUGAGGACUUCGACAACAGAAUGGUGAACCACUUUAUUCAGGAAUUUAAGCGGAAAUAUAACAAAGACAUCAGCAAGAACAACAGAAGUGUCCGCCGCCUGCGAACCGCCUGUGAACGUGCUAAGAGGACUCUGUCCAGCAGCACAGAGGCUAGUCUCGAGAUUGAUUCCCUGUUUGAAGGAGUGGACUUUUAUACCAAAAUUACCAGAGCGCGGUUUGAGGAAUUGUGUGCGGACCUAUUCCGGGCCACCAUGGAACCAGUUGAAAAGGCCCUCCGUGACGCCAAGCUCGACAAGUCCAAGAUUCACGAGGUGGUGCUCGUCGGUGGCUCUACGCGUAUCCCUAAAAUACAGAAGCUUCUCCAGGACUUUAUGAACGGCAAGGAGUUAAACAAGUCUAUCAACCCUGAUGAGGCCGUGGCGUAUGGGGCUGCCGUUCAGGCCGCUAUUUUGUCGGGGGACAAGUCGGACGCCAUUAAGGACGUGCUGCUGGUCGACGUGACGCCACUGUCAUUGGGUAUCGAGACGGCCGGUGGCGUCAUGACGAAGCUAAUUGAGCGGAACACCAAAAUCCCGACAAAGGCCACCCAGACGUUCACAACAUACUCCGACAACCAGCCAGCGGUGACCAUACAGGUUUACGAGGGUGAGCGAGCUAUGACUAAAGACAAUAAUUUACUGGGGCGGUUCGACCUCAACGGAAUUCCCCCAGCACCGAGAGGCGUCCCUCAAAUCGAAGUUAUUUUUGACAUUGACGCUAACGGCAUUAUGAACGUUUCAGCGGAAGACAAAAGUACAAGGAAACGUAAUAAAAUUACAAUCACAAACGACAGUGGGCGUCUGUCAAAGGCAGAUAUCGACAGAAUGGUGAACGACGCUGAAAAAUACCGAGAGGAAGAUGAAAUGCAACGACAGAGGGUAGAGGCUCGCAAUAAGCUAGAGAACUACGUAUUCAGCGUUAGACAGGCGGUAACUGAAGCUGACGCCAGUAAAGUGUCGGCUGACGACAAGGCAAAGGUCAUCCAGCUGUGUGAAGAGUGCACGAAAUGGUUGGACAGUAACUCGUUGGCUGACAAGGAAGAGUUUAACCACAAACUGGACGAAUUACAGAGGCAGUGUUCCCCGAUCAUGGUGAAACUUCACGGUGGCCAACAGCAGGGACAGCAUGGAAGUGGCCCCGCUGGUGGUCAGCCAGGCGGAUGCCAGGGUCCUACCGUUGAAGAGGUCGACUAAAUGUGUUUUGGGCUGUACAUAGCGAAACAAUUAAUGAACUUCCACGAUUAAGUUAAAUGCAUUUUUCCGAUUUUUUUUUACCAGCGCCUAGUCAUUUCAUGGCAUUUUGCAUAAUAUAACUAUUAGGAGUAUUGCAAAAUAUCCUAUAAUGUUUUACCAUUACGUAUUGUUCAACCUUCUGACGUCAUAAAUAUGUAAAUAUUAUUGAGAUUAUUUAAAGUAAAAUGGUUUUAUAUGCAUACUUCGAUGUUAUGUGACAUUGCUGUAAUUUUCUGUGAUAACUGUUAUAUUAUGAUUAUAGUCUUAAUAAAAUUUGAAUAAAAAUAUAUAUCGA